AUGAUUGCAAACUCUAAAUUACAAGAUUGGUUUGCACAUAUGGAGGUGCAACAUUUAUCCAGAACUGGCUCAGACCAUGCCCUUUUACUACUUACUUGUGGUGAAUCUUCACAGCACAUAAGGAAACCUUUCAGAUUUCUAAAACUCUGGACAGAACAUGAAUCUUUUUUAGAGGUGGUUAAUCAGGCAUGGAUCACAGAUUUUGAAGGGGAUGAUUUUAUUAUAUUUAAGCUGAAAUUGAAGAAUGUGAAAUCUGCUUUAUCUUCUUGGAGUAAGGCAACUUUUGGUGAUAUUUUCAAGCAACUGACAGUAAGGGAAGAGGUGGUGAGAAUUAAAGAACAAUGUUUUGAAGAGGAUCCUACUCCUAUGAACAGGAUGGUGCUACAGCAAGCACAAGCAGCAUUGAAAAAAUAUGUUCAUUAUGAGGAAGAAUUUUGGAGACAAAAGUCACGUAUGACUAGUUUUGCUGAGGGUGACAGGAAUACAAGGUACUUUUAUAGUAUUGUGAAUGGUAGGACAAAGAGAUUGCAGAGCAGAAGAAUUCAGAAUCAGCAAGGAGUAUGGAUAGAAGGGGAGUCACUUUUGGCAGAAGAAGCUUCUAGAUUUUACCAACAGCAGUUCUCUCAAGAGGUUGAUCCAUUAGACUUUGAAUUGCUACAACAUGUUCCUAGUAUGGUGGAUCAGGAUACUAACAAUCAGCUGGUAAGCAUGCCAACUUUAGAAGAGGUGAAGAAGGCUGUAUUUGAAUUACCUGCAGAUAGUGCUGGUGGUCCAGAUGGUAUGAUUGGAAUAUUUUAUCAGGUGUGUUGGGACAUUGUUGGUGCUGAUGUAUACAAUCUUGUGAAAGCCUUUUUUGACGGCCAAACUCUUCCAAUGUCAGUCACACAUACCAACAUGGUACUAUUACCAAAGAAGAAUAACAUUGAGACCUUUGCUGAUAUGAGACCAAUCAGUCUCAGCAACUUCAUCAACAAGGUUAUUUCUAGAGUGGUUCAGGAUAAACUGGAAGGCAUUCUACCUUCUCUGAUAUCUCCCAACCAGUCUGGAUUUGUUAAGGGUAGAUGUAUCAUUGAAAAUGUCCUUCUAACUCAAGAAGUUGUGACUGACACUAGACUAAGAGGAAAACCAGCUAAUGUUGUACUUAAGCUUGACAUGGCUAAAGCAUAUGAUAGAGUAUCAUGGAGUUACUUGAUCAGAGUUUUAAGGAAGAUGGGAUUUGCAGAAAUUUUCAUAGAUAUGGUUUGGAGGCUGAUAGCAAAUAAUUGGUAUUCCAUAUUCCUUAAUGGUCAAACUUAUGGUUUCUUUCAUUCCACCAGGGGUGUAAAACAAGGAGAUCCACUCUCUCCUACUUUGUUCAUCUUAUCUGCUGAAGUGGAGAAUAUCACUGGUUUUAAAAGAGGCACUUUUCCUUUUACACAUUUGGGUUGUCCUGUCACACAUUCAAGGAAGAGGAAGACUGAUUAUAAUGAUCUGAUCCAGAAAGUCAAGAAUAGGCUGCAGACUUGGAAAGGAAGAUUGCUAUCAUUUGGAGGAAAAGUUGUUCUGAUCAAUAAUGUACUAAUGAGUAAGCCAAUACAUUUGUUGUCAGCCAUCAAACCUCCAAAAUGUGUUAUCAAUGAUAUGCACAAAAUCUUCUCAAGAUUCUUCUGGAAUAACAGUGAGGAAGGCAGAAGAAGACACUGGUCAUCAUGGCUAAAUUUGUGUAAGCCAAAAGAGGAAGGAGGAAUAGGCUUUAGAUUUUUGUUUGAUGACAACAAAUACUCUAUGGGCAAACUACAUGUGGAUCAAAUAUUUCAAAAGGCACAGUCCUCAGACUGUGUAGUGGAAGGGAGGUUCUCAAGUGCUCUAUAUCACAUCAUUCCAGAUGAUUUUGAGAUAGAUAAGGGUGUUCAAGAUGUAAAAGAACUUACGUUGCAUGAUGGUUGGGAUAUAGAAAGAUUGCAGCAGUUAUUCCCUAUGGAUAUUGUGGAUCAUAUAUUAGAAGAAUUGCACCUCCAUGAACCAAAAGAAGAGUGGGAUAGACCAAGAUGGAUGAUGACAGCAUCAGGCAAAUUUACUAUAGGCACUGCAUGGGAAUUACUGAGGAGCAAAGCAGUCAAGUCUGAUGUCUUUAAGAACAUGUGGACAUCUGGGAUACCUUUUAAGAUAUCCUUCUUUUUCUGGAGGCAAUAUGAAACUGUGGAUCAUUUGUUUGUUACAGGAAAUGUUGCUACAAAAGUGUGGACUUAUGUUAAAACUGUUGUUGGCAUCACAACACAGUUUCAACAAGUCAGGCAGAUUCUUCAAGUCUGGUGGAAUGCAGAUUGCCCCUCAAAGUUCAGAACCAUCUUCAAAGCUAUUCCAAUGGUCACUAUGUGGCAGAUAUGGAAGUGGAGGAAUAUAGUCCUAUAUGGAGGGAGGAUGUCCAUCAACAAAGCCAAGAAUUGUAAGCAAGAUAGUGAAAUAGGAUUUUCCUAUGCCAGGAUGUAUGCAGCAGCAAGAAGGAUACCAGGUGGUUCAAAUCUGAUAGCAGAAGCAAGGGCAUUACAUGAGGGUCUUAAGUACUGUGUUACACACAGUCUGUUGCCAGUGGUGAUGGAAACAGACUCAAUGACUAUGAAGAUGAUCUUAACUGGUGAUCAUCAUUUUCAUAGUUUUACUUCACUUCCUGUGAAAGCAAGGAAAAAUCUAAAUACAGAAAAGUCACAUAUACCAUACAUGAGGAUCAGGACAGCUAAGGACCAUCAUAUCCCUGGAGAUUAA